AUGUUUCUUCUCUCAGUGACCCAUAUCUUCUUGUCUCUGUCAGCGUUCGUAUGCGCCGCACCUGCAGGCACGACGUCGGCGUCGGCAGCAGAUUCAAGCCCUACUGUUCCCCUGGCCAGCGACAACCCGAAUUACCCUCUCUGGAAUGACACUGUGGAUUACCCUCCUCAGCCCAUUCGCGGACCAUUUGGGGCAAAUCAGCUCGGGCCUCAGAACAUCGCCAUUGACAAGCAGAAUCCGGAUCUGCUGGCUCCUCCCACUACAGAUGCAGGAACGGUUCUAAAUGCAAAGUGGCCGCUCGCUUUAAGUCACAAUCAGUUGCACACGGGAGGCUGGGCCCGUCAACAGAACACUCAGGAACUUCCUAUAGCUACGCAGAUGGCGGGCGUCGACAUGCGGCUCGAACCCGGUGCGAUUCGUGAAUUGCAUUGGCAUUCUGCAGACGAAUGGGCGUACAUUCUGAAGGGCUCUACUCAAGUUACUGCAGUUGACCAGGACGGCAGGAAUUUCCUGGAGACUCUGAACCAGGGUGACUUAUGGUAUUUCCCCGCUGGAGUCCCUCAUUCGUUACAGGCCACCGACGAUAACCCCGAGGGAUGUGAAUUUAUCCUGGUGUUCGACUCUGGAGAUUUCAGCGAUUUCGGAACGUUCUUGCUCACUGACUGGCUGGCGCACGUCCCCAAAGAGGUUAUUGCCAAAAACUUCGGAUCAGAUAUAGCAGCCUGGAAUGGGAUCCCAGGAGAGCAGCUCUAUAUCUUCCCAAGCAACCCUCCACCCGACAAUGCGACAUCACCUUCUGAUCCACAAGGGUCAGUCCCUGAAUCAUUCGGGUACAGGUUCUCCCAAGUUCCUGCUACUCAAUUAGCUGGGGGCACCGUGAAGGUGGCGGAUUCCAGGACCUUCAAGGCUGCGAAGAAAAUCGCUGUUGCGGAGGUCACUGUCGAGCCUGGAGCGAUGAGGCAAUGGCACCCUACUGAAGAUGAAUGGGCGUUCUUCCUGGAAGGUAAUGCUCGCAUGACUAUGUUCGCGGCCGAGGGAAAUGCAGCUACAUUUGACUUCCAGGCAAGUCAUUAUGUGGAAAACACGGGAAACACAACUUUGCACUAUCUGGAGAUAUUCCACACUGACAUCUACCAAGAUGUAAGCUUGAGCCAGUGGUUGGCCUUGGUUCCGCCGGCUCUGGUCAAGGCACACCUCAACAUAUCCGACGAGUUGAUAGCGACAUUCAACAAGACCAAAGCAACCGUGGUCGCUCCGGACCCCUAUCUCAAAGCAUUUUGA